AUGUCCGACCACCAAUGCCAACACCAUGGCCACGACGCCACGCCCUUGAAAUCUGUCCCAAACCCUUCGGGAGUGACCUCGAUCAUAACGACCGGAGACAAAUGGUCCAUGGCGACCGUGCACGGUGGCUCACGCGCCGCCGCGAUGGCCCAACAGAUGGUCGACAACUGCCCCAGAAACGAAGACGACGUAUUCGUCGUGGUGACCUUUAACCUCACCGCUGUCGAAGGUCAAGCCCGCAAGGCCGCGGAGAAGAACAACCAGUCAACCGCCGAGGAUGCUUUCUUGGAGAUUGUGGUUCGGGAUCUGGCUGGGAACUCUGAGGCAUCGGGCAGGGACGGGCUCGUCGCUACUUUCAGAAAGAUUGGCCGCGCAAAAUCAGCUUCGAAAAAUAUCCCCAAGGAAAGCGAGGAAAGCGACGCGCCAAUGACGGACAGCAGUGCGACGCCAGAGGGGAGCACAGUUGAUCAAAAGGAGGCUCUGUCCCCCCGUGCAGUCGAUGCCAAUUCGAACGCACACAAGACACCACAACAGCAAGCCGGCCACUCAUCUCGCGAGUCCAGCCCCGAGACGUCGGAUGACGAGAGCACAUCGUCGCGGGACAUCGUUGACGUCCAGAAGCCUGCGUUGAAGGGUUUGCAGAGGCCAAUGAGGGCGGACGAUAAGGAUUCUUACAGAAUCCCGAAAAACGAUGUCCCAAAGACUUCGGUGCCAGCCAUUCGGAAAGAAACGCCAAGGAAGACUAUCUUGCAAAGUUCGGCACGCUUCGACCCCAACUCGUUAUUCCAAUCCUGA